CCGGCCCUCCAAGUAGCUUAUGUUGGCUGCAUGGCCAGUAAAGGCGGAGAGCAGACAGAACAUACGAACCGACACUGAGAAAGCCCAACAAUCACAACCAACCUGCCCACCUCACCUUAACUCCCACAAAAAUCCCCCAUAGGAUCCACCGAUCACAACUACCAACCACCAGCAACAACAACAACCAAAUCCCUUCCUACUGCCUGUACCUUAAUCAUCCCGCUCUAGCUCAUCGAUAAUCAGCCUUAUUGCUAUCGAAAAAGAAACUCUAUUUGCUCCUGCUCGCUCAGACACCUCCGGUUUCCGCCGUUGCUCGUCCGUCGUCACAUCCCUUCAGCACGCCCCCCUAUCAAUCCUUAGUUGCCUUCACCUUCUAAGGUACCAUGGCUACCCCAGAACCGCGGCGGUAUGAGCCAGAGGAAUUGCUCGCGCUGGCAAAGUCUCCUCUCGUGAAGAAGCCGAGCACACUGCCGCCAAUGGAAGAAUGGAUGGGACCAGUUACUGCUCGUCCAACCGCAUCGAGAGCCAGAACGGACGGCGACAUUGCUGGUAACAGCAACGGCAAUGAUGACUCCCCUCGUGGCGCUAUGACGAACCGUCGCCCCUCCAUCUUCAGUGAUUCCCGGUUGUCGAGAUCGUCCAUUCCGGAAGACAUGGUUCUCGGCCCGCCCAAAAUGUCUUUCGCAUCCUCCUCGGCCCGUACUUCAGCUGGUAAUAAAUUCGAUCACGAGUCCGUACGGUCUGCCAGCAUUAAUACCCCGACUUUCGACGACGAGCGAGGAGAGAGUCCCCGAUUUGAGAGAUUCAAGAGCUUCGGAGGGUUCGGCCGUGGCGAGGAACGGGAUAAGGAGGCUGGAGGUCGUGACUUUAGUGACCUCCGGGGAGGAUUCUCGAAGCGCCGGGAGGACUCCGAGGGGGGCGGCGGAUGGACGAACGUCUCUCGUCAACCACGUAAGAGCUUUGGUGCUGAGGAAGGAGGUGAUCGUGAGCGUUUCCGCAAGGACAUGCGUGGGGAUGCAGACAAGAAGGGGGGAUCGCCGUGGGAUAGGGAACGCCCUGCCAAGUACGAGAACUUUGGCAAGGAACGCGACCGUGAACACCGCGGCCGAGGCAAGCGGGAUGAAUCAAGCUGGCUCCUUGAGGACAACCGCGGAGAGAGGAACAACAGAGAUAAUCCACGUGAUCAUCACCGCUUUGGCAGCAGAGUCGAGAAGGACCCUGAGUGGAUGGACAGCGACGGCAAAUCUGGGGAUGGUAAAGCUGCUCAUUCUAUGGAAGACUUCCAGAAAUGGAAGGAGAGAAUGAAGGCCUCAUCAGGAGGUUCUACCGAGCCCCACAAGAAGCCUGAGGAUUUGAUCGAAAAGCCUGUUAAGGAGCCGGAGCAUGUUCCCGAACCCACUCCUACACCCCGAAUCGAAGAGAAGCAGGUGAAGGCUGAGAAUCCCAAGAGACAAGAGAGCAACCCACGAGAUGACGCCGAAGGAGGUGUCUUUCUGGACAGGGUAGCCAACGAACGCCACGAGCCUGAGCCACCCCAUGCCGCCGAGAAUGGGGUCGAUCGAUUCUUUGGAUUCUGGAGCGGCAAUAGCAUCCUCAAGAGCCCCGAACAGGGCGAUAUCAUAUCUGCUCCACGUGCUGAACCGAGAGCGGUGGGAAAAUCACGGUUUACGUCUUUCUUUGGGCCUCAGGAAUCUCACUCUCCGCCUCCCCACAUCCAACCCAAGGAACACCACCCGACGCCUGUCAAUCGUACCCCACCCUACACUCAGUCUCCCGUCCGUGAUUCUGGAGAUAUAGAAGACCGCGAGGGUUUCCAGCGUAUCUUGAAGAUGUUGGGCACCACCAACAUCAACGGCCCGGGGCCGUCGGACUCGCUUUCUGCUGGCCUCCUUUCGCGCCCACCUCAAUCAAGCAUCUCUCCAGGAAUUCCUUCCAUGUCCUCUCCCCAUCCACCGCCCCCCCAGGCGCAGCACGGUCACCAACAGUAUCCCAUGCCUAGCCCAGGUAGGGACUCCAACACGGAUUUCUUGAUGCGUUUGAUGCGGGGCGAGCAGCCGCAGCAGCUGCAACAACAGCAGCAGCAGCAGCAGCAGCAUCAAUCCGGGCCGAUGCACAACAAGUAUGGUGGGCCAUCUCAGAUGCCUCCGCCUCCACCAAUCGAUACCAGUAUACUCCAGUUUAACCGCGGAAACCACAACCCCAUCUCCCCAAACAUCGACGAUCCUGCUGUGAUGUUCAGGCAUCGCCCCAACCAGGAUAGUCCAAUCGUCAACAGAGGUCCUCCCCACAUGAUGGACCAUCACGGUCCUCCCCCUGGAUGGAACCCCCAACAGGCCUCGCAGGCUCCUCCCCCGCAGUCGCAUAGACAAGUUGCUCCACCCCCUGGAUUUGCUGGAGCUCGUCAUCAGCAAGGACCGCCUCCUCCAUUCAUGGCGCCCCCAGGUGUCAACGGACCGCCAGUUCCCUUCCAGCUCCUCAAUGGCCUCAACGGUCCGCUCCCCCCCAACAUGCCCCCACCUCCUCAUUUUCUCAUGGGCGGAAUGAACGGAAUGGGCGGAAUCAACGGCAUCAAUGGGAUGAACGGCGGCCCCCCUCCCCUCCCUUCCAACAUGAACGGUCCUCCACAGGGCGGCUUUCCUGGGAUGCCGUUCCCACCACACCAUCACCCUGACGCCAUGCUUGGUGGCAUCCACGGUGGACCGCCGUUCGGAUUCCCGCACCACGACAGUCUCAAGAGUCAGCCGUUCGGUCACGGUCCCAACAAGGGAAUCAUGCGUUAAAUGAGUACGUGACACUCAUUUGCGCGGGUGAUAAACUCCGGUCAGUGUUGAUGUCUUUCGAUUGGCAUUGUCACCAUGUGAUUGUUUUUCCUCGUCUACCCAUGUUGCAGGCAUGCAUAUGCAUCAUUUUAGAGGCUGUGUUUAACUAGUCUUACCCUCUUUUUCUUUACGCUUACGUUUACUUU